AUGGGUAAAGAUCUUCUAAACCUCUUAAAAUCUCCGUUAAGUCUUUUAUUUUGGAAGAAUGCAAUUAAUUCUGGUGAUUUAGAACCUGAAUUUCACAUAAUAUGUUACACUUAUUGUUUCAGAGCUUUUUCAUCAAGUGGUUGUUUCAGAAUCCAAUCUAUUUUAUCAAUGAACCCAGUUAAAGAUGCCUCAUAUAAAUCAUUGCAAAGUUCAUCUGGAAGUGUCUAA